AUGUCAGCAACUUCUUCGUUGAAUAUCCCCCCGUCAACAGCGACGGUCUCCGUCUCCAUCAUCGACACAACUCUCAAUGGCGACCUUCCCACGGCACCGUUCAUGGGCCCUCCCAUCAAAGGCUUUGAGAGGUGGCACGGCGUAGGCUACGCCUUCUUGGUGACGCACCAGGACCCUGAAGGAAAGCAGAGGCGCGUGGUCUUCGAUCUCGGUCUGCCAAAAGACUGGGACAAUGACUUUUCCCCAUCCAUUUUGGAGAUGGGGAAGCACCUGGACGGCACCAUGAUUGCUCAGAAAUAUGUUUCCGAGAUUCUGACCGAAGGCGGUCUUGACUUGGGGGAGAUUGAGGCCCUGUUUUGGAGUCAUGCGCAUCCGGACCACAUCGGUCGCCCGUCACUGUUCCCUUCCACGGCAUCCCUGAUCGUAGGCCCGGGGGUCAAGCAGGCCUAUUUCCCGGGGUACCCAGCCGUCCCAGACGCGCCCGUCCUGGCCCGCGAGUUUGAGGGCCGCGAGGUGCGCGAGCUAGACUUUGGCAGCACCGAAAUUGAAAUCGGGGGUCUCAAGGCGCUGGACUACUUCAACGAUGGGAGCUUCUACCUCCUCUCCGCGCCGGGCCACGCAAUCGGACACAUCAACGCCCUGGCGCGCACCACAAAGGACAGCUUCAUGUACUUUGCAGGUGACUCCUUCCACCACAGCUCCGUCCUGCGACCGCACGGCGGCGCAAGGUUGCCGGAGGAGGUCCAGCUUCCGGGGCUCUGCUGCGCCGGAAGAGCAUUCCACGCGGUCCACCCCGUGGCCGGUAACUCUGCGGCGCUGGGACCAUAUAGCAAGAUCCUGGGCGAGGCGGGUAGCGACGCGAAUGGGAUCCCGUUUCACGCGCUGCCCGAGGUGCCCGAGGGCCAGGCGGGGCUGUUUCUGGAUUUGAAGGAGGCCAGGGAGACUGUGCUUGCUAUUCAGAGGUUCGAUGCGAGUCCGGACGUGUUUGUUGUGGCGUCGCAUGAUGAUAGUUUAGUCGGGGUUGUGGAGGUUUAUCCGGAAGAUGCGAGCGGGUGGAAGGCGAAGGGGUGGAAGGAGAAUGGGAAGUGGUUGUUUUUGAAGGACUUUGAGAAGCCGAUUGAACUCGCUGGUGCCUCUGAGUAA